UAUAAAAUUAUGUUAUUUUAAAUGAGUUGUAUAAAUAUUUAAUUAAAGUAAAUUUAAGGAUAAAUUAUUGAUGGUUAAUAUAAUUUUUGUGCUGGCAACACGACACGGAGACUAGAGCUCGGUGGGGUGAUGACAGCUGGCAGGCAGUUGGUUUUUUCCACGGAACGAUAGCUGGAGGUUGUCUGAUUGUACAUUGUAUACUUAUCGUGGACUAAUAUUGUAAAACCGUGUAAAAGGUGUUACGUUACGGAAUAAAGAAGAUUUGUGUACCAAUCCCGUUGGUUUUAUUAUACUUCAGAAGUGAACGAUGGAGAGAUCGAAUUCUCGGCGCCUGGAGACUCCUCCAGGUGGCACUGGUUCGCGAGGGCGAGAUUAUGAAGAAAUUAGACGAAGUCGCAGCCGCAUUCGUCGAGACAGCCCACCGGAGCACCGCCGAAGCCGCCUGAACGAGAGCCGGAGUUCACGCGACAGCGACAAACUACGUGCUCUGGAACGAGAAAUGGAACAGGAACGCAGAAGACUUCGAGAAUUGCAAGAUGAUUUGGACAGGGAGCGUACACGGCUGCGGAAAACUGUGAGUAAUCAACGAGAAUGUAUUCAACCACAUGUGUGCCUCACGGAACUGGAACAUACCACAAAUCAGUUUGAUAAAAAUUCUCGUAAACGACUGCGUACUCCAAGUAAAAAUAACGAAGGCCCCGAGCCUCGCAGAUCCCACAACGAGCGACAUUCUCCUCGGUUAGGCAGAUCAGUUAGUCCUUCGUUUACAACAAAGGACCUUAUAGGUAUUCUAAGUAACUUAAAAUAUCUACCGCCCCAGCCAUCGAGUACAUCCGUUACUUAUACUUCUAACAAUCAUAAAAAUAUUUUGCCUGACUUUGAUCCAUCAGUAAAAUGCCAACGCGUAGAUAUAUGGCUAAACAAAGUGAACGAAUGUGCUACGGUUUACGGCUGGGACGAUAAAACCACAAUCCAUUUCGCAAUGCAGAAGCUCCAGGGUUUGGCCAAAACCUGGUAUGAGAGUUUGCCGUCAAUUUUGUACAGUUGGUCCGAGUGGCAAAUUAAAUUAACGAAGGCAUUCCCCUGUGAACAGAAUUAUGGCCAAAUUCUGGAGGACAUGCUGAAAAGGAAAAGUAGGAUUAACGAACCGAUUGAAGUAUACUUCUACGAAAAACUGGCUUUAUUAAACCAAUGCAACAUCGAUGGUAAACAUGCUGUUGAUUGUAUUAUUCAUGGACUGACUGACAGGACUAUGAAAUCUAGUGCUAUAACAUUACGCUGUGCUCACCCGGAGCAAUUGCUACAAUUUUUAAUGAGCAAUAAGGAUUCUUCACAAUCGCACUCAUACGACAGAACGUUUUACAAAACAAAAUAUGGAGGUGACAGCACAAGUACUAACAGUAGUUCUACUAAAGCUAAAAUACCAUUUCCAAAUAGCGCUAUUUAUUGCUACAAUUGUAAAGAGAGGGGGCAUCCGUUUUUGAAAUGCCCAAAGCCUCUUUUGAAGUGUACCGCUUGCAACAGAGUUGGUCACAAGACUGAAAAUUGUUUUAGCAAUUCAAAAGAUAGCAAAACUGACACCCUCCAAAAGACACUGUGUAUUUCAAACAUAAGCCCUAACUCAAAGUUUUUCAAAGAUGUAACCGUGAAUAGUAUUCCUACAAAAUGUUUUAUCGACUUUGGUAGCGAGGUAACCUUAAUUAGGCAGUCUGAUGCGUCACGGUUAGGAUUGAUGAGUAGCGAUGAAACAACUGCUUUGAAGGGGUUCGGUAACGAAAUAGUACAUACUCUUGGUACCGCAACUAUAAAUAUGGUUGUUGAUGGUGUUGUUGCUGAUGUAGUUUGUCAUAUUGUUCAAGAUGAAUUUUUGGAAUACCCGUUAUUAAUAGGUCAGUCGUUUACCGAGCAAUCGCAUGUCACAGUUUAUAAGACCGCCGAUAAGCUUACUUUUCUUGAUUUCGGUAACGAAAUGCCCUUUUCUCAAGCGAAAAUAUACUCCAAUGCAACAAUUAAGUUACUUGCAGCCUCUGACAUAAGUGUUUGCGGAUUAGCUAGUGUGAAGUCAUUUGUUGAACCCCAGGUAAAAGGCGAAAUAUUGGUAACCAGCAGGGUUAUUGGAAAGCCUUGUCAGCAAUUAGCCGUCUUAGGAGGCGUUUAUCCAGUAAACAACGGAGCGGUCUAUAUCUUGGUAUCUCCCAUAUCAUCAUCCACUCUAAUCAGAGGGGGGAUGAAUAUAUGUCGCGGUACGGAGAUUAAGGUAGUAAGUAGCAUAGUCAUGUCUGUUAGCGAGCUACCAGAAACCUCGAUUGAUGAGACUCAGAUACGUAUAGGCGCUACGAUUGAGGAACCUCACCGCGAAAUACUUUUGGCAUUAUUACAUAAAUAUCGACAUUGUUUUGCGUCGACUUUAAAGCAGUUAGGAUGCACUAGUGCCACGGAAAUGUCUAUUGAGCUAAACAACACAAAACCGAUUGUCUAUCGGCCGUACAGACUUUCACAUAAGGAACGUGAAAAUGUUCGUACGAUGAUAGACGACAUGUUGGAAGCAGGCAUUGUGAGAGAAAGUGUGUCAAAAUAUGCUAGCCCCAUUAUUUUAGUUCGAAAAAAGGAUGGUAAAUUACGGAUGUGCGUUGACUACAGAAUGUUAAAUUCUGUCACAGUUAAGGAACGUUAUCCGAUGCCUAACAUAGAAGAUGAAAUUUCGCGUUUAUCAGGGCAGGCAUACUUCGUCACGCUUGAUUUAACAUCAGGCUACUACCAAGUACCUUUAUCCGAGAAGUCACGGCCUUUAACGUCAUUUGUCACUCCGGAUGGCCAGUACGAGUUUAAUCGUAUGCCAUUCGGGUUAAUAUGCGCCGGCCGUGUUUCAAAGGAUGAUGCAUAA